AGAUAGCACUUCCUGUUUCCUGACAUAAACGUCAACACGCAGGAAGUUUUCUUGUCACUUGAUGGAAUUUUAGUGUCAUCGCAGAAAGUCCACUUUUCCUCAGUCGGGUGAGAAAAUGGACGCCAUGGAAAUGGACGACGGCGCAUAUUUAAAUAAGAACUUCUCGAUGGACGGACUGAUCAAACAAGUGAAUUUCCACAAAAAGAAGUCAUCGUCCAGGCGUGUGAUGGCGUGUCUGGCUGUACUGUGUGCGCUGCUGCUGGCUGGAAAUAUCGGACAAUUUCUCCACUAUGAGCUCCUGCCCUAUUUUGCUACAAAAGACCAGGCAAACUCAGACUCUCUGACUCAGAAGAAUCUCCAAACUAAAAACCAAGUCUCCCCUGUAAGCGCUGACCAUUACGAGGCAGUAACUGCAGACAGAAACCAGCUGGAGGCCAUGUUGAAUAACCUCACAAAGGACAAAGACCGGUUGAAGACCGACUACGAUUCUUUAGCGAAUGACCGAGACAAACUCCUCAGCAGCAAAAACGCUUUGAUGGCCGAAUUCAAGGGUCUGCAGACCAACCACAGCCAACUAAAUAGGGACUAUGAUGUGGUACAAUCCCUGAUUAGUGCACUUAGGGCACAGAGCGGCCAAUUACAGUCCAAUUACGAUUCCCUCGUUAAGGCGAAAGAGGUCCUUCAAACCAGUAAAAACACUUUGGUUGCUGAGAGAGACGACCUAAGGACUGGAUUCAACAAUCUCAAAAACGAGAAAGACCUUCUAGAGAGCAACUAUACUUCCUUGAGAAGUUUGAACAACCAGCUACAGUCCAGUUACAGCUCCCUCGCUAAGGAGAAAGCGCUUCUGCAAACCAGCAAAACCACUUUGGUUGCUGAGAGAGACGACCUAAGGACUGGAUUCAACAAUCUCAAAAACGAGAAAGACCUUCUAAAAAGCAACUAUACUUCCUUGAGAAGUUUGAACAACCAGCUACAGUCCAGAUACAGCUCCCUCGCUAAGGAGAAAGCGCUUCUGCAAACCAGCAAAACCACUUUGGUUGCUGAGAGAGAUGACUUAAAGACUCGAUUCAACGAUCUCAAAAACGAGAAAGAUCUUCUAGAGAGCAGCUAUACUUCCUUGAGAAGUUUGAACAACCAGCUACAGUCCAGAUACAGCUCCCUCGCUAAGGAGAAAGCGCUUCUGCAAACCAGCAAAACCACUUUGGUUGCUGAGAGAGACGACCUAAGGACUGGAUUCAACAAUCUCAAAAACGAGAAAGACCUUCUAGAGAGCAACUAUACUUCCUUGAGAAGUUUGAACAACCAGCUACAGUCCAGUUACAGCUCCCUCGCUAAGGAGAAAGCGCUUCUGCAAACCAGCAAAACCACUUUGGUUGCUGAGAGAGACGACCUAAGGACUGGAUUCAACAAUCUCAAAAACGAGAAAGACCUUCUAAAAAGCAACUAUACUUCCUUGAGAAGUUUGAACAACCAGCUACAGUCCAGAUACAGCUCCCUCGCUAAGGAGAAAGCGCUUCUGCAAACCAGCAAAACCACUUUGGUUGCUGAGAGAGAUGACUUAAAGACUCGAUUCAACGAUCUCAAAAACGAGAAAGAUCUUCUAGAGAGCAGCUAUACUUCCUUGAGAAGUUUGAACAACCAGCUACAGUCCAGAUACAGCUCCCUCGCUAAGGAGAAAGCGCUUCUGCAAACCAGCAAAACCACUUUGGUUGCUGAGAGAGACGACCUAAGGACUGGAUUCAACAAUCUCAAAAACGAGAAAGACCUUCUAGAGAGCAACUAUACUUCCUUGAGAAGUUUGAACAACCAGCUACAGUCCAGUUACAGCUCCCUCGCUAAGGAGAAAGCGCUUCUGCAAACCAGCAAAACCACUUUGGUUGCUGAGAGAGACGACCUAAGGACUGGAUUCAACAAUCUCAAAAACGAGAAAGACCUUCUAAAAAGCAACUAUACUUCCUUGAGAAGUUUGAACAACCAGCUACAGUCCAGAUACAGCUCCCUCGCUAAGGAGAAAGCGCUUCUGCAAACCAGCAAAACCACUUUGGUUGCUGAGAGAGAUGACUUAAAGACUCGAUUCAACGAUCUCAAAAACGAGAAAGAUCUUCUAGAGAGCAGCUAUACUUCCUUGAGAAGUUUGAACAACCAGCUACAGUCCAGAUACAGCUCCCUCGCUAAGGAGAAAGCGCUUCUGCAAACCAGCAAAACCACUUUGGUUGCUGAGAGAGACGACCUAAGGACUGGAUUCAACAAUCUCAAAAACGAGAAAGACCUUCUAGAGAGCAACUAUACUUCCUUGAGAAGUUUGAACAACCAGCUACAGUCCAGUUACAGCUCCCUCGCUAAGGAGAAAGCGCUUCUGCAAACCAGCAAAACCACUUUGGUUGCUGAGAGAGACGACCUAAGGACUGGAUUCAACAAUCUCAAAAACGAGAAAGACCUUCUAAAAAGCAACUAUACUUCCUUGAGAAGUUUGAACAACCAGCUACAGUCCAGAUACAGCUCCCUCGCUAAGGAGAAAGCGCUUCUGCAAACCAACAAAGCCACUUUGGUUGCUGAGAGAGAUGACUUAAAGACUCGAUUCAACGAUCUCAAAAACGAGAAGGACUUUCUAGAGAGCAACUAUACUUCUUUGAGAAGUUUGAACGAGGCGUCGCAGAACAAUCAGAGUGUCCUGGUGACAGAACGGAAUAAGCUGCAGAGGAACAUCAACAAGAUGACCACUAAACUGAAAGGCCUGAAAUGUCAGCCCGGCUGGAGGAAGUUUGACCUUAGCUGCUACCAGGUGUCAAGAACCACUAAGAACUGGCAGGAGAGCAGAAAGGACUGCAUCCGCAAGGGAGCAGAUCUGCUUGUCAUCGACAGCAGGACUGAACAGGUGUUCGUUCAGAGUUUAUUGAGCUCCGGUCAACACGCGUGGAUCGGACUGACUGACAGCACCACCGAGGGAACGUGGCUUUGGGUGGACGGGACUCCGGUCAGCACACAGUACUGGCAGACCGGGCAACCUAACGACUUCCGGAACCAGGACUGCGGCGAAAUCCAGAACAAAGCCAUCAGCACUUUGAGAAACUGGAACGAUGACAGCUGUUCUUUGGAUCAGUACUGGAUUUGUGAAGCUUGAAUUGUGCUAAAUAGAUGCUAACUAAAUGUUUGGUUGAAAACAUUUAAAAUACUGCAAUAGCUUGUAAUUUUUUCAUAGAAAAGGAAAAUAACGUUUUCCUUAUUUUUUUUAAUAACUUAAUCCAAAGUAAUUUAGCUUAUGACUGAAAUAAAUGUUGUAUUAAAAUUUCGCUUUUUGUUUUCCUCUGACUGUCGCGACCUAAAAUGCGUAAAAUUUCGGCAUUUUUUCAGAAAGUCGACGAAAAAGUUGCAACGUUUUAAGACUUCUUUUUUUUUUUUCCAAUAACAUUGAAUCAACAUUUGUUAUCACAUUUUUAAGAGUGUUAAGAGCAAUCUAUAGCACCAAUGUUGGUAAAUGAGAAACAGUGAUAGAUUAUCAUCACACUUCAACUUCUCUAACAUGUAAAUGCUGCCUUUUUUUCUAGGUCAGCAUUGCAAAUAAAAAUAUGUUCUUAA